ACAGGAUUGGCACCGAGCAAGACAGGCUGGAGGUGGCGCAGUACAGGUACUGGAAACGACUGCAGCCACUUCUACUGCCCCUGCUGCAACAAUAGGGCUAGGUACUAGUGCAACAACUUUGAAAACGAGUCUGAAGUCGUCCCUAAUAGCGCCUAGUUCAUCGAUGCCAGGCGGUCGCAAAGCUGUGGACAAAUCGUUGCCUGCGAAAAGCAUCACGCCGCCUACUGUGGAUCACUUUUUUCCGAGUACCGAACAGCCGCCACCGAUAGCAGACGCAGAGAAGAGGAAAGACGAGCGGUCGCCGACAGAAUACAGCUCAACUGACAGUGACGAAGAGGUCUUGGAUUCCGACGACGACCCCAUGUCGAGGAUGCUUAAACCACCGAAGAAGAAAGUCGAAAAUUAUGUGCGCAAGAAGUCUACUUCAUUCUGAUAAUUGACUUUUUAGUAUUUUUGAUUAAUGACAACUACUACAACUUCUUUUCGCAUAAUUGGCAUUGAUGUUCGGGUUCGCUUGCUAUUACCCUACGUCUCCUUUGUUAAUCAGUCACCUUUCAUGUCUCGUCUGUCGCUCUCUAACAUAUGCCAGCUUGUUUCUUUCGUGUUCUCCUUCUUCUAAUCCUAAGUUCCAAUCGUGUUACCUCCUCCGCGGCUAGUGCCGAGCUUCCAUGUC